GCACUUCCACUUGUGCUAGUGUUCUUUUCUGCGUGCAACAUAGCACAUGAGCCUCUUGCCUCCGUGGUGUGGGCGCCUCUGCGCCUGGAACACGCCAAGCUGCGCUUCUGGCCUCUUCAAUUGGUUUGGGAAGGCCGAUGAAGUGGAUGGAUGCUGCCACAUGUUUGACGCUGUGGAGAAGAACUCCCUUGAUGCUUUGCGCCACUUCUUAAGUGUCCGGCCACACUGGAUCAACCAGACGAACGACCGAGGCUGCACUGCGCUGCAUGCAGCAGCAGCAGCGGAGGAAGGGAACGCUCAGAUUGUUGAGCUGUUGCUAGCGGCUAGGGCAACAGUGAACCUGCAGGACAAGGAAGGUAACGCGCCCCUGCAUGCAGCAGCGGAGGAAGGGAACUCUCAGAUUGUUGAGCUGUUGCUGGCCACUGGCGCCACAGUGAACCUCCAGGACAAGAAAGGUGAGGCGCCCUUGCAUAAGGCAGCGAGAUCUGAUAGCCCUCGGAUCGUUGAGCUGUUGCUGGCCACUGCGGCCACAGUGAAUCUGCAAGACGAGGAAGGCCGCGCAUCGCUGCACGCAGCAGCGGAAAUCGACGACUCUGAGGUGAUCCAGCCCUUGCUAGCCGCAGGAGCCACGGUGAACCUGCAGGACACUGAAGGUAACACCCCGCUGCAUGUGGCGCUGUUGCAUAUGAAGCUCGCCAAACUACGAACAAGCAGCGCAGGUCACACGCCGCGUUACCGACCUUACCGGGAGAGCGACGCAACGGGGCUUCAGGGACUUCUGGAAGCGGUUCGGGCCAAAUUGGACGGUGGUCACACAUCAGAGCACUCCUUGAGCCGCUGGGAGCAGAGCAGUGGGUACAACGAGCGGCUUCUGGUGGCGGCUGGGGCCAAAGUGCACCUUCUGAACCAAACAGGCAAGAGUGCCUGGGACAUCGCAGAACAGAAAAAACAAGUGAACUGCUUGGCCUUAUUUCGAGAGCUCCCAGUUUCUGUCUCGCUGCUCAGCGGAAAACAUGUCCUGUGUAGUCUGAAAGACUGUGCUCGCACUGUGAAGGAGCUCCAGGAGGAAGCCCAGCUGAAGCUGGGAGUUCACAUUACGUGCCUUUUCAAUGCUUCCGGCGAGAAGUUGUCAGAGUUCCUGACACUGCCGGAAGCAGGAAUUGACAAUGGCGAUUCUCUGCAAGCUCUUGUCAUGGUCGAGCCCACUGACGAGGAGAUGAUUCAAGAGGCCCCCACCCCGGCCCGGGCAGCGCGAGGCAGCGCCUUGAGGUUUCCCCUGGCGGAGGCUGCCGACGGUGGCCACGGCAGAGGCGGCACACUUGGCCACCCUCGAGGACAUGUUUUUCCUCAAGAAGCAGAGCGCACAAGGGCUGGAAGCGUGCAGCCCCAGAACGCUCAAGGCAAACAAGGCACAUAUGAUUUGGAGGAUCCGCAGCAGCUGGUGCAAUUCAUCUUGGAUGCCAACGUCGGUCUGAUCCGCUUGGAAUACUUGAUGGAGCUGUGUGCCCGUGGCCAAAAACUGAGGCGCCGGCAGGAAACUGAGACAGAGAUGACCAGUGCAAACCAGCCUGCCAUUGUCGCCCGCGAAGAGCUUGCUAGCUUGGAGUACGAUGAGAUGGGCAACAUCACCACUUUCAUCAGGGAUCCCAAGCCAAGACGAGUGAAGGUGACCAUUGCGUCCAUCUCACACGUGUGGGAAAGCAUGGAACAUCCAGAUCCAUGGGGCUUUCAACUGCAUAGUGUAGUCGAGCGGUGCCAGCCCAUGCUUGCUGAGGGCUUGGUGUGGAUCUUUUUUGAUUACUCCUCGCUGUAUCAGUAUGGAAACCGGACCGCCGCUCAAGAACAGGCCUUUCGCACUGCGUUAGAAGAGAUGCACACCCUCUAUGCCCACGAAGCAGUUCAGGUGCAUAUUUUGGACUGCCUGACGCCAAAAGACUGGCGAACUGAUGGUGUGCUUCCAGUAUUUGCCGAACGCCGAGGUCGUGUGACUGAGGUCGCGACAAAAAAGUUGAAGAUAAACAUCACACCUUAUGCCAGUCGGGGGUGGUGCCAAGCUGAGCAACAGUGGGCGAGCUUGCGAUCGUCCUUGAGUGGCUGUAUCCCCUUGCCCCCGCACUUGUUCAAGAAAAGAAUGGACCAGCUCAAGUUUACCCAUAGAAGCGAUACAGAUGUUGUGGCCAAAUUGCAAGCAAAAGUCUUUGAAGAAAAGGUGGCUUCCACCAAGAACUUAAUGGUGGAGGAUCUUGAUGAAGAAGGACUAGAAGUUCUAUGUGAAGCACUACCAUUCUACAAAGACCUAGAUGCAAUUGUCUUGAAUGGUAUUGAACUUGGACGUGAUGCCGCUCUUGCUGCAGCGGGAACUGACGCAACAUCGAUGCAGCUGGAGAGUUGUAGCCUGACUGAUGCAGACAUCAUUGACAUCGUUCAGGUUUUGAAAGGGUGCAAACGAAUCAAAGAACUCCGCGUGGCAAACAACCAUUUCGGUGACGAAGGCCAGAGAGCACUGGUGGAGCUUUCCUCAGUGAACCCGGGCCUGAAGAUUGACGUUUUGCAAUAGUUGCAGUAGAGCUCUAAUCGUUUUGGCCACAAGUGCCAAGUGCUUUGCCAAAAAAGAUUGGUCCUACAGGGGAA